AUGAACGUCAACGGCGUCAAUCGCGGCCAUAAUGGUCAGGCCGACAGCAGCAAUGAUGCCGGCCACCGAGACAGGCGCACGCCCGACGAGUACACGCGGCUCCUGCCAAAUCGCCUCGACAGCGACGCGACUCCACAGUACCUGAGUCCCGACGACCCAGCCGUCACCCCCUACAACCUGUGGAGCGUACGUCUGAUGCGCUGGGUCACGGUCAUCUUCACCAUGUUGAGCUUCAUGUGGUGGGUGUUGCAGCUCGUCUCAAUGUUCGUGACGCCGCCCGGGUUGCAGACUCGCGGCUCCGUCUUCUUCGCGUUUGGCUACGCGACCAUGUCGCUGGGCCUGCUGGCAGUGACGCUGCUGUUCUUUGCCGUGCCUAGCAAGUCCGUGAGGAUCUUGUCCGGGGUGCUGGCCGGGUUGUUGUUGGCCGACACCAUCAUCAUACUUGCCGUGCGCCAACUUAGACAUGAGGAGGCGUUUGUGGGCUCCACGAGUGUCAUAUGGGCCUUUCUCAUGGCGACAUGGACUCUUGCGGCAGACCACACCGUCCAGUGGGGCAAGAGGGAGGAAGAAGAGCGCCUGACUGGGAGGCCAGAAACGCGCAGAACAUUGCUCGAGUGGACCGAGGUGGGAAUUGCCAGCAUUGUCAUUUUCAUCUUGUGUAUCACCGCCGGGUUGAUGACGUGUACCUUGACCAUCAGGGCAAUCGACUCUUCGCUCGAGGCACCAGGUGUGCGAUAUUGGGUUGACGGGGACAAGUACCAAAUCCACGUAUAUUGUAGUGGGAACAAGACGGACGACAAGACGCCUACGGUGCUUAUCGAGGGAGGCGGCAAACCCGUCGAGGACGGUCUGUGGCAAUUCUUUGAGAACGCAAGAGAAAACGGCACUAUCAAGAGGUACUGCUUCGCUGAUAGGCCCGGAUUUGCAUGGAGCGACACGGCUCCUUCGCCCUUGUCUGCUGGGAUGGCUACUGAGGCACUGAGCGAGGCGCUUGCCAGAGCUGGGGAGCGUGGCCCUUGGGUGCUGGUUGGAGCUGGCACCGGCACGCUAUACUCGCGCAUCUUCUCGUCGCGACACGGAAGAGAAGUGAAGGGAAUGAUGAUGAUCGACCCGGCGCACGAGGAUCUCCUUCACCGUACGGCAGACCCCGGUCGAGGCUUCGCGUUAUGGGCAUGGGGCGUCCUGUCACCACUCGGCAUCGACCGAAUCCCAGGCGCCAUCCUUCGGGGCCGUGGCCGAUCGGAUCGUGUAUGGGGUCGGGCCGUGUACCAAACCGAGAAGUACUUGUUUGCCAAGCUUCAGGAGAAUCUAGUGGCCAACUCGCUCACCAAGCGGGAUGUUGUGUCUAGCCGCGCUAUUCAGUACAAGAGUACUCCCCUGGUGAUUGUUAGCUCCGGGGUAAAGAUAAGAAAGGACAGUGAGUGGGAGGGCAAGCAGAGAGACCUGUGCAGCCUGACGAGGAAUCUGCUCAGCUGGGACAUUGCAGAAAAGUCCCCUCACGAGGUUUGGACAACCCCGGAGGGCAGGGCCCUGAUAGAAAAACGGCUUAGGCUGCUGGUGCGGGUAUGA